GCCGGGGCCGGAGCGGCGCCAGGCACUUCUCUGCCACCAUGGGGGAGCCGCAGCAAGUGAGUGCUCUGCCUCCACCUCCAAUGCAAUAUAUAAAGGAAUAUACAGAUGAAAACAUUCGCAAGGGACUGGCCCCGAAGCCCCCGCCGCCCGUGAAAGACAGCUACAUGAUGUUUGGUAACCAGUUCCAAUGCGACGAUCUUAUUAUCCGCCCCUUGGAAAGCCAAGGGAUUGAACGGUUGCAUCCCAUGCAGUUUGAUCACAAGAAGGAGCUCAGGAAACUCAAUAUGUCCAUCCUGGUCAACUUCUUGGACCUCUUGGAUAUCUUGAUAAGGAGCCCAGGCAGUAUAAAACGAGAGGAGAAGCUGGAAGACUUGAAGCUGCUUUUUGUCCACGUCCAUCAUCUUAUAAAUGAAUAUCGUCCGCACCAGGCCAGAGAGACGCUGCGGGUCAUGAUGGAAGUGCAGAAGCGUCAGCGUCUGGAGACAGCUGAGAGGUUUCAGAAGCAUUUGGAGCGGGUUGUAGAAAUGAUCCAGAAUUGCCUGGCCUCCUUGCCUGAUGACCUACCUCAUUCUGAGGGAGGUUUGGGGAUAAAAACUGAACCCAUGGAUACGGAUGACGGCAGCUGUUGCAUUGGGCAGAAUGAACAGCAGAGAGCGGGCUCUGUCUGUAAGAAAGAUCAGGUUUUAGACAAAGAUGCUGCGAUGUGUAGCAUUAUUGAUGAAAUGACAUGAAAGGACGCUCUUUGUAGUGGUGUGCAGGUCUUGGGGUGAGAAGUGGGAUUAAUAUUGAAGCUUGUAUAAUGUACUUUUUGUUGCCUUUAUCUGUACCAAUAAAAACAAUUGUGAAACUUAA